UGUUAGUGGAAAUUAAAGAAGCAAUGAUUUGAUCAUAUAAUACAUGUGAAAAUGUUGUCCUACAAAUGCUUUAAUUCUAUAGCUAGGAAUGAGUGCACAUGAAGAGUGUAUAUAUAUGCACAUAUAAUGCCACUUUUGAUGUAAGAAUUAGAGUGCACAUGGAUUGUAAAGAAAAAGAAGAUAUUGGAAUAUUUUGAUGAGAUUUGUGAAGAGAGGAGAGAACGUGAUGAUAUGCCAUUUAACAAAAAUUUAACAAUUACUCUUUUGAACGUGAUUUGAGUAUGAAGGUGGUUAAGAGAAGAGAUCCGCUUAGGGGUAUUACAAUGGCUAAGGCUGUUAUUUCUGGUUUGCAGAGUGAUGGCACUGGUGUUUUGACAAGGUUGUUGCGGUCUGAGAUGGUUCCAACGACGCCGGAGGUUGACGAGAGUGUUCACCGUGGUGGCGGUCACCAUUGGACGAGUCUUGCUGUGCUUAGUAUUUGUGGUUGUGGCUUGUCGGACUUGGAAUCUCUAGUUGGAGCAGGAGCAUUUUGUUGGAGCAUGAGUCUUUCAAACCCACAAAAAGUCAGGUUAAAAUCCUGAAAAUCAAGAAUACCUUAAGCAAACGGGUGAGAAGACUUUUGUAUGCAUAAGAGAUGCAACAAUUGCCUACAUGAACAAGAAAAAAAAUACAAAAAGCUUUUCAUGCCGUGCUUGUAGGGAUCAAAAGUUGGUCACCUUGCAGUCCGUUUUUCCUAUAUUAUUCCAAAUUCAGCUGAUUUCAACCAUCUUUAUUCUAGAGACCCUUGUCAAGGCUGGUGUAAGGGUUCUAGCAUUUAGUGGUGAUCAAUAUUCUGUAAUUCCAUUUAUUGGGACAGAGUUCUUGAUAGAGGAAAUGACCAAAAAAAUUGGAUUGGAAAUCACAAGGCCGCAUGAAUCUUGGUUUCAAGGAGUGCAGGUGGCGGGAUGGACCCAAGUAUACGGGAAUAUUCUAACAUUUGCGACAAUAAAAGGCGCGGGUCAUAUUUAGACGAUGCUUUUCCACCGGAGAGAACAUUUGUGAUGUGGAAGACAUUUUUGGAAGGAAAACCACUUCCAAUAUUUGGGAAUAUUCUAACAUUUGCGACAAUAAAAGGCGCGAGUCAUAUUCAGCCGAAGCUUUUCCACCGGAGAGAAUAUUUGUGAUGUGGAAGACAUUUUUGGAAGGAAAACCACUUCGAAAGAGACUCCAUUCCAUUAUUAAAAAAAGAUAUUAAGAAAAAAAUACAAUUAUAUAACAUCAUUUAAGCAAAAGUACAAUUAUGUAACAUUAUUUUUUUUUAUUUUGAAUACAUUUGAUGUGAAUUUAAUGAAGUGUGUAUUGACUGGUAUUUUUUAUAAAUAUACCCUAUUAAAAAUAGUAGUUGGCUGAUGGAUUUAGAACCUCUCCUAUGUCUUCUCUGCUGCUUGCUGCUGCCCAUCUGCCUUCAUCUAAGCCAUUUAUUCAUGUUCUUUCUCUCUCUUCAAACCAACUUAGUUGUGAGAAAACAUGCAAAAUUUUCAAUUAUGAAUUCAAGUAGUAGGCAA